AUGGUUCGAAUUAAAAAGAAGCAAACAGCGACACGAAAGCGAAAAUAUCGUAUAAAUGAAACAAAUCCAACCAAUUCUCCUAAGCAAGAGAAUCUCGAUGGAUCUGCCUCACUUAAUGAAACAUCAGAUUCGUGUCCGUCCAAUAAUAAUCAAGUUUUGAAAAAGAUCUUUGGAAAUAAUGAAUCAUUCGAUCGAGUUAUCAAAAAUUCGACUCCACUAUUAGUCGAAGAAUCGUCGAAGAAGCCCGGCGAAGUGGAACAUAGAAUAAAUGUCUGA